ACUGUUGAGUGCUCUUCGCUACUGAGUUCGCAGUGCCCCAAAAAAUAAAGCAACUUCAUUUUCAAUUUCAAAGCACACCCCAUUUUUCAGCAUCAAAUCCUGAUAACGAUGACAGCCUCAAGUUCGAACCUUUCACUUCCCACACCAACAACGAACUAUUGCAUGUAGUGCUACAAACAAAGCUUCUUCAUCCAUGGCAGCAAGACCAAGAGCAAGGAAAAGGGUAUUUCCCCUUCUACGAGCUCCAGAUGGAAGCGCCUUUCAGAAAUGUGGUACGUGUGGGGUUUCUGUGGCGAUUGCAUUGGCUGAUAUUCAUGAUUGUGAGCACAAGAUGGAGCCUAAGAGGUUUAGAGGAAUGGUUGAAACUAAAUCACUUCCCGAAUCCAAGCCACGUUUUUUUGAUCAGCCUCGUUCUGCUUUCCGUUUGUUUAUGGAACAAUUUGCGGAGAAUCAUCAACUAAACAAUUUGCUUAUGGUUGAAAGGAUGGGGUUUGAGAAGUGGAAAAGCAUGAAUGACUCGGAGAAAUUUCCAUAUGUAUUUCAUGCUAGAGUAGUGGACGGUUACUACAAAGAUACUUUGAGGAAGGAGGCUGAAGAGAUCAUAAAGGUGGAUGAUGAGGCUGAAUCAGCAUUGGUUGAGAAUCUUGAGAACAACGAUGGCGAUAAGGCCAAAGGAAAAGUCACAUUUAUAGACUCUGAUUAGGAGAAUUAAGAUGAUGAAUGACUGUUUUGUGAAUAUGAAACCAUAUUGGUAUGGAAUUUUGUACCAAUGAAGAUCUUAUUUGCAUCAUGGAGCUUGAAGAAUACAAUCUCUCUUGGUUUUUUGCUGAUAUGUAAUUUAAGAUAAAGAGUGAUGGUUUUCAUCAAUCCAUAUAUAUUUUGGUCAAAUGUUGGUCCAUAGCAAUUAGCCACUAGCCAAUGUAAAUGUCUUCUAUUGUAAUGAGAUCAAAUCACUUAAUAUGAAAUGAAUAUAAUG